CGCAGGUUGGGCGGCCGCCAAUGGGACCCUGUCUCCUUAGUCUUUUGAGGAGGGGGCGCGAAAGUGUGGUUGCCAGCGAUACGGGCGGCAAGCCGGGCAGAUAGGAAUCGCGGCCAGACAUUGGAAGCCAUGACUUGUUCUUACCACUUGGGCAAAGACUCAAAGGACAGCAAAGACCGCUCGCAACUCCAGAGGCCAAAUUCGAGGGUGGGCCGGGAUUUCCCUGGAGCCUCCUCGCAGCCUGGGGAGAUGAACCAGUGCCUGCCUUUGGGAGGCGAGGAAGGGGCAGACUCAGAAGAGCAGGAAGACAGCUCCCUGGAAGAAUCGAAAGAAACGGUCACCCCGGCUUUCAUGAGCGAGAACACUGGGGUACAGGAGGGGCUUCCAAAUGCCCAGCAGCAAGGCAAGAAGAAGAGGAAGAAAAAGAGAUUGGUGAUCAAUCUCUCCGCCUGCCGAUACGAGAGCGUGCGUAGGGCCGCCCAGCAGUAUGGCCUGCGAGAGGGAGGGGAAUCCAAUGAUUGGACUCUCUACUGGACGGACUACUCGGUGUCGCUGGAGAGGGUGAUGGAAAUGAAAAGUUACCAGAAAAUAAACCACUUCCCUGGGAUGAGUGAAAUCUGCCGCAAGGACUUGCUGGCCAGAAAUAUGAGUCGCAUGUUAAAGAUGUUCCCGAAGGAUUUCCACUUCUUCCCCAGGACCUGGUGUCUUCCUGCCGACUGGGGAGAUUUACAGAACUACAGCAGGUCAAGAAAAAAUAAGACCUACAUUUGUAAGCCGGAUUCGGGCUGCCAAGGGAGAGGUAUAUUCAUCACCCGGACGGUGAAAGAUAUCAAGCCAGGCGAGGAUAUGAUCUGUCAACUCUAUAUUUCAAAGCCCUUUAUCAUUGACGGGUUCAAGUUUGACCUACGGCUUUACGUGCUGAUGACGUCCUGUGACCCGCUCAGGAUUUUCGCGUACAAGGAAGGCCUAGUGCGCUUCGCCACUACCUCUUAUUCCCAUCCUUGCACAGACAACCUGGACGACGUGUGCAUGCACCUGACUAAUUAUUCCAUCAACAAGCACAGUUCCAAUUUCAUCCGAGACGCUCAGGCCGGUAGCAAGAGGAAGCUCUCCACCUUCAACGCGUACAUGGAGACCCAUGGCUACAACUUGGAGCAGAUCUGGAGAGAUAUCGAGGACGUCAUCAUCAAGACGAUCAUCUCCGCCCACCCCAUCGUCAAGCAUAACUACCACACCUGCUUCCCCAACCACACUCUCAACAGUGCCUGCUUUGAAAUCCUGGGCUUUGACAUCUUGCUGGACCACAAACUCAAGCCCUGGCUGCUGGAGGUCAACCACUCUCCGAGCUUCUCCACCGACUCCUGGCUGGAUAAAGAGGUGAAAGACAGCCUGCUCUAUGACACUUUGGUCCUGAUCAACCUGGGAAGCUGCGACAAAAAGAAAGUCUUAGAAGAAGAGAGGCAACGGGGCCGAUUCCUGCAGCAAUGUCGUUCUCGGCAGACCAGGAUGGAGGAGGUCAAGGGUUUCCAGGCCGCAUGGUUGGAGAAAACUGAGCAGUACGAGAAGGAAAACUGUGGAGGGUUCCGGCUGAUUUAUCCUAUUCUGAAUUCGGAGAAGUAUGAGAAGUUUUUCCAGGGAAACAACUCUCUCUUCCAGAAUACCAUUGCUUCCAGGGCUCGGGAGGUGUAUGCCCGGCAGCUGAUCCAGGAGCUGAGACUCAAACAGGAGAAAAAAUCCUUCCAAAUGAAAGAGAAGAAGGCGGAGAUGCAGGGGGAGUCGGCUGGCGAGCGAGCGAGAGGCAAGAGCAUGAGGAGCCAGGGACAGAAACGACAGCAAGAACUCAAGGCCGCCGCCCCCGCCUCCAAACAAAACCUCCAGCCAUUGACGUUAGUGCCCUGCACACCUGACUUGCUCUUGAGCGUCAGAGAUGCAAAAGGAAAUGAGACCAACGGCUGCCCUGCCCCGGAGACCCCCACGAAAGAGGCCGGCCCUGCGCCCUGCAAGCCUCUAUCUGCCAGACAGUACACCUCGGUGCCUGACCUGACGCACUCGAGCCUUCUCGGCUGCCCGGGGCUGGAACUCAGUGACGCCCUCUCCAGAAUCAAGGAGGCCAAGUCUGCCUCCGCGGUGAACAUAUUCACCGAUGACGCCGUGCCCGUAACCCCAGUAGAAACCUCCCCAGAUUCCUCCACCCGGGGCUCAGACUCCCCAGAGCCUCUGCCCAGCAUGAUCCCGAAAACCAGCUCUGAGCACAGUAGCCCCGAGGCGGAUAAGGCGGCCUCCUCCAAGUAUGAGCACCACGGAAUCUCUCAGCCCCUCCUCCAGGGGAAUAUGUCGAAAAGCUCCCUGCCCACGAAAUCCCAGGGCUUCCUAGGAAGUCUGAACCAAAGCUGGGCUUCGCUGAAGAUUGACACGAGGAAGCAGUAUCUGAUGUCGGAGCUCCUCACCAAGGUUCACCUGCGGCAGAAGCUCUCCCUGUUCCCGGCUCACUGCAACCCAAAGCUGGUGCUGAGUAACAAGUCACAAAACCAGUCCCUGCCCGGGGAGUGCUGCGUGGGCGGCCGGAACUCCGGCGGGAACAGGCGGCUGCGUCUGUCCUCCCUCCUCGUCGUGCGCGAUCCGCCGAGCCAGGACGUCUCCCUGAAGGAUCUGCUGGUGGUCGCCACUCCAGCCCGGCUGGAUCCGAGGCCGGGCCGAAGCCACAGGGCUGCCACGAGAGAUCCGUGUAUGCAGGAUCGGGAAGCCUACAGUCACUGCCGCAUCGCGGGCCCCAGAGGAUGCGCGCGGAACUAGAAUCAGGCUGGAUCUCUGCCACUGUUUUCCUCUCCACCUCGUAUCCCCAGGAAAUGAUUUAUCUUUUCUUAAACUGUCUACAAUGUUCAUAGAAUCAACUGAAAGUUUUAUUUCCUCAUCUAGAUAUCCCGGUCUUAUAAACUACCUCCCAUUAACACCACUGGGCCAACAGCCUUGCCUUUUGCACCCUCCCAGUUGAGUUUCCAGUGAUAAAGGACCAUGACUUAUGAGAGAUAUUGGUGCUGCCUCAGGACACACCCCAGCUGCCCCUCUGGUGUCAUUCCUAUGGGUCCCUCAGAUGGCAUCGUCUUCUAGAACACUCCCCCCUCAAAGGAGGAAUGUUGCAGAGAAAGACUCAAAGUUUCCAGGAAUCCAAAGUCCUCAGUCCACCAACAGGCCUCUGAGCCCUGAGUAAGGGGACUGGGGCAGAUGUAACUUUACAAGGUAAAGACCAGACCUCCUCCCACCCCAGCCACCUCUGUGCCCAAACACCUUCCUGCUACCUCCGUCACCAAUCCUCAUCGACCCUGCUGAUAGAGAAAGAAGUGAGGCGAGUGUGCCUGGCGUGCAGGUGUUUCUUCCAGCUACCUGCAGAAAUGACACAUCUUCCCCCCAAGUGCACAUUAAUAAAUUGUGACGCUCAA